AUGGCAGUGGACCCCGCCGCCACCCUCUUGUGCUUUAAACACUCUACAUUCAGACGUGAGAGGUUGCCGGCCGUGGACUCCCCGCAAGCUCGGCACAUCUGUUCCUUCAUUGAGCCACUGCUGGCGACCGCCACUGACGUGAACGACCUUCGGGAGCGCCUGCGCGCAGACCAUGGACUCAGCCACACCAUAUCUUCUCAUGCGUUGAGGAUUGCACUGAGCCGGUACCGUCCGCUGCUCCCUCCAUUUCCUGCCCGCUUGCGGAAGCGGCGAUCGGCGGGGCAUCAGCUGAAGCGGUAUGCGGAGCUGACAGCGACCCCCGAGGAAGCACUACGUGGCGCCCAUGACAAUCUUCUCCAAGCUAAAGGCGGAAUCACACUGAUCGCCAAAAACUCUCUUGUUGCAGAGCCCGGGCAAGAGUCUGUGCUCAAAGUUGAACUGCGCAACGAAGGCCCAGCCAAUCGUUUGCUGCAUGUCUGGGGCAUGAUUCACAAGCCACCUCACGUGAGCCUCCAGGACGUGAACAAGGUCCCAGUCCCCGCCAAUGGCACCACGACGCUGCACAUUUUCUAUCGCCCAACCCAGCAGGAGCACGUUCGUUGCCUGCUGGUCCUCAGCUUUGGUAGCUUUCACUUGGGGCACGUGCUCGAGCUCAAAGCCGAGUCGGAUUUGCUCCGAGAGCUGCGAGCCGAGAAUAAGCCUCAAAAGCAGCGCCGAAAGCCAAGCAUACCCCCACAUACUGCAGGCAAUCUCCCGGCAUACACAACCACAUUGGCCAAAUUUGAGAACACGACGCCGCCGUCUGAGCUGGCCAAACAAUUGCCUCCGAAGCCUGAGCCGCUCACGCUUGACACCUACGCCGAGCGGCUUGCAGAUCUGUGGCAUCUCGAGGAGCAUCAAAUGACCCUCGACCUUGACAGAUACAGCAUGGAAAAAGUUCCUCUGACCAGCCGCGGAGGCUAUAUGACUCUUGACGUCCCUGGUCUCGCGGAGCGCCGACCCUCUGUGCUGAAAGGCGACGCCAUCAUUAUCCAGAACACGCGCGGCCACUCCCACCGUGGGUUUGUGCACGAAGUGCACCAGUGCGAGGUAUGGCUGAAGUUUAGCCGAACUGUGCAGACCCAGCAUAUUGACGGCAUGCUGUACGAUGUCAAAUUCACGCUGAAGCGGACAAAUCUGAAGCUUCGGCAUCGCGCUCUGUGUGACAUCUCCUUGUCACCGUUGCUACCGCUUCUUCUCCCCACGCAUGCUCUCUUCCCGGAUAACGCAGCGGAUCCACAGCCACAGCAGCUCCAGUGGCGCAGCACAGAUCUCAACAGUGAGCAACAGCAAGCCGUCCAGGCUGUCGUUCAGCUGCCUCCACGAUCCCCACCAUACAUUAUCUUUGGCCCUCCCGGGACAGGGAAGACCAAGACGCUCGUUGAAGCGGUUUAUCAGGCAAGUGUGUUUGCUUUGAACAAAGAGGCUCGAGUGCUCGUCUGUGCCCCAAGCAACGAUGCCACUGACAUACUUCUGGCCCGAGUUACCCGCGCUGUGUCCGGGCAGCUGACUCAAGACGUCAUUUUUCGAGCAAACGCGGCGUUUCGUCAGCGCAGUGAGGCCGACCGUAGGGAGGUCGCCGAGUACAGCUGCUUUGACGAAGAGGCCAAUAUGUACAAGCUGCCCGACAACAUGUCACACGUGCGCCUUGUAUUUACUACCCUGACGUUUGCCGCUACCGUGACCGACGUUCGGAACGGCUUUGGCGCCGUUGAUUAUGUGUUUGUCGAUGAGGCCGGCUACGCUGACGAAUGUGAGACCCUGCUGCCGUUGAUCGGCGGCGUCGGGGGCUGGUCCGAGUCAGUCGGCACCCGUAUCGUGCUUGCUGGCGACCCGUACCAGCUGGGACCCAUCAUUCGCAGCCCCGUGACUGUCAAACAUGGCCUGGGUGUAUCCAUGCUCGAACGUCUCAUGUCCCAAGCUCCUUAUGCUCGGCUGCCUGGAGCGCUUACUGGGACUUCCCCUUUGUUUAAUCGUGCCUAUGUGACCAAGCUCGUCAAGAACUACCGCUCGCACCCGGAGCUGCUCACAGUGCCCUCACGCAUGUUUUACGACAACCAGCUGGAGGCUUGCGCCGAUGUUGAUGAGCGCAACUCGCUGCUCACCUGGGACAAGUUGCCCAACGCCAACGUGCCCUUGGUGUUUCAUGGAGUGCAAGGAAAACACGAGCAGGAAGGAGACUCGCCGUCGUUUUUUAAUCUUGAAGAGCUGGUGCAGGUGCGCAGCUACGUCGAAAGCCUGCUUGGUCACAAACGGGCUGGCCUGAAGCAGACCGACAUUGGCGUCAUCUCACCGUACGUCAAGCAGUGCCAGCGUUUGCGGCGGGUCUUUAAGGAUAAUAAGUGGGAGUGCAUCAAGGUGGGCACCGUCGAGGCCUUUCAGGGUGAUGAGCGCCGCGUCAUCAUCGUGUCAACCGUGCGCAGUGUCAAGCCAGCGCAACUCGGCAAUGUGGAUCUGGCCGCCUUUUUGCGCUUUGACGUGGACCACAGCCUAGGCUUUUUGCGCAACCCGAAACGGUUCAAUGUGGCCAUCACUCGGCCUAAGGCCCUGCUCGUGGUGGUGGGCAAUCCCUUUGUCCUUCGAUGCGACCCGUGUUGGAGGCAGCUCAUUGACUUUGCCCGGGAGCAAGGUUGCUAUGUGGGCACAGAGUAUGUCGGGCAAGCUGCCCAAACCGAGCAAUUGGCCGAGGCCAUGCGCAGUGUUAUUCUCGACCCACAGAUGGACGACGAUGAUGACGCGGAUGAAGCCGCUGCAACCGACCUGCCAUGGCAGCGGGAGUACUGA